AUUCUAAUUACUUAUUAUUAUUAAAACAGAAAAGAAAAUUUAACAAGAACAUGGACGAGUUUUACACUCUUCUCAAUGUCAUGAUGCUUCUUGGCAUUCUCUGUUACAGUACUUUAAAAUCAUACGCGACGCAAGUUUACCGAUUAGUGUCGCUAGCUGUUGGUAUAGUAAUAGGUCUUAUAACGCGCUACGUUCCCAGCUACAGAGUUUACACCAAAAACCUACUGGAUUGCAACCCAAGAUACCUCAUAGCUCUCUUUUUCGUGUGCAACGUUUUCCAUAUUUCUCAAAGUCUGGACUAUCAUGUCUUGCGAAGAUGUUGGAUGCAAAUAAUACUGAUAUCUACGUUUAGCUUUCUUACUUGUGCAGUCGGAGCAGGCAUGUUCAUAUGUUCAAUCUUGCUCGGAAUACCCAUGACUAACUUCAGUCUGAUAAUCAUGUUCGGAGGGGCUCUUGUAUUGAUUGAAACCCACGAGUUGAUCAAUCGCCUGCAGGGGAUCGCAUUUUCCAAACACCUUCAGACGGUCAUCAAUGGAGAAAAGGUUUUCACAGAAGCAUUUGCAAUGGUCAUUUUUAAUUUAUGCAUCAGCAUUUACGGCAAUCACAUUGUAACGCCAGGAGAAAUAUCCUUGUAUUUCUUUAAAAACCUCUUCGGUGGAUUAUCUAUUGGCCUGGGAUUCGGGAUUCUAAUCAGGAUUAUACUGAGGACGACACAGAGAAGUGUGUUCUUCACUAUAACGCUCUUCAAUACCACCUCUUUGGCGUCUUACUACUGCAGCACCAAACUGUCCAUGAAUGGAGCGCUAAGUAUUAUGACAGUCGGAAUCUUCGCUAGCAUCGAGAAACGAAGUAUGAAUAGUGAAGACGAACAGAUGAUGCACAACUUCUUUAGAGUUGUCCUUCAGUUCGUGAAUACGUUGAUGUACACUACCCAAGGAAUACUGCUUUCUGAAAAGAUGAUAGUAGGAACAGUCUCCGGAAGAAACACGGCAACAAUCUUCAUUUCAUUAGCAACUAUUUACACGUUUCGUCUGAUAACGAUAUUCCUGAUGGCUCCGCUUCUUAGUCGCAUCGAAUACGGUUUAUCAAUGCAAGAAGCAACCGUCAUCAGUAUUGGUGUAACCCGCGGUGGUAUAGCCACGUUUUUGGGUUGGAUAUUGUUUACCCAAGAUGACGAAAUGGUUAUGAAACUCGGUAAAGAAUUAUACUGUGUAACAUGCUUCUUGCAAAUAAUAACCUGCAUUCUGGACAUUUGUGUGACACCAUUAAUGCUUAAAUUUGUCGGACUCUCCACAAUUUCCCUAGCCAGAAGGAACAACAUGAACACCUGUAUAAAGCACAUCAACACUAAGACAGAGCAAUUUAUAUCGGUGCUCAAAAUGGACAAGUUUCUUGCCGACACAAAAUGGCAAAUAGUGGCUGACGUGACAAAACUACGUAAUCCAUACACGAAAACCAUAUUUGCAGAUAAAGAACACGAAACCGAAAUAAGAACGACUAAGUAUAUUGUAUGCCCCGACUGUUUAAAGGAAGUGCCUCAAGAGCCUACAUUCAAAGAGCUCGCAGAUAUGACAAGAGAGGCGAGAAUGAGAGUUCUCAAAGCGAAAAGGGUCUCCUACAUAAGGCAACACGAACAUGGUAUGCUAACCAGCGAUGCAUUCCGUUGUCUGAACCAUGCUGUUGAUAGGGCAAUGGAUACGAAAGAGGCCAUUAUGAAACUUGACGAAUUGUUCAAAAUGUUCCGUUUCACUCAGAGGAAUGUGAGUAAUGUAAAGAAGAAGAAGAGAUUAGCAUGGCUGGAAACUCACCACAGAGAAGCAAGGGUUCCAAAAGACAAAUGGAGACGUAGAAUAUAUAAUAUAGUGUUGCAUCCUUAUUUCGCAUUUGCCGUUUACGUAUUUGUUCUUUUAACUUGUGGAUUAAUAAUAUAUGAAACCAUUAGCGACGUGGAGAAUUUCACAACAAUUUGGUUUGUGAUUAUGACAUCGUACUUCAUAUUUUAUGUUGUAUACAUAUUUGAAUAUAUCAUCAAAAGGAUUGCAUAUUCAACAGACUCAAACUUUCGUGAAGCACUGAAGGCCUAUUUCACCUCAUUUUGGAAUGUGUUCGACCUUUUUGUGUUAAUCCUUGUUAUAAUUAAUCUUGGAAUGGAUAUUUGUGAAGUAAUUCGCCCCUGUCAAAUGCAGAGCUCUCUACAAAACACCUUUAAAGUUCUCCGCCUGCUGUUGCUUAUAAGAAUUGUUAUGAUCUCCCACAUCAUCUACCAGAAACUUUCGGAUUUCCGAGAAUUCAGAAAAAAUAAGAAAAUCAUGCUCGCCUAUGAAAUCGGAAAAGGUUACCUAAUAGGUAACGACGGAAUAGAGGAGAUGAUAAUGAAAACCAUCGAUAAUAAACACAUUAGGGACGAUUGUAAGCAAAGAUUACAAGUCAAUAAUCAGAUGGUCACAAGACAAUUGGGAUUGAUAGAGAAAGAAAAGCCGUGGAUUGCCAAUAUGGUCAAAACUAAGCAUGCUUGUCUCAUGGUCCUUAAUGAUGUCAGGAAUACCGCCCUUGAUUUAAAAAUUUCAGGCUGGAUGGAUGAAAUUGAAUAUUCGUUAAUGAAAGCGAAAUUGGACCAGCAAUUCCACAUACUCACUAAGAUGAAAUGGAUACCACCAAAUACACCGAAAGAUGUAUUCAGAGAAACGCCGUGGAUAUCUGGCGAUGAAGCACUAAUAGAAUAUUUGUUCAGCAAUAUUAUCACCAAAAUAUUUGACGCUGGAGAAGAAAUUUGCACAGGUGGCUUACCAUCUGACGGAGUAUUCAUUCUAAUCUCAGGACUUUUGCGCCUAACCUACAUUCCGAAGCCAAGUAUCAUUGAUAAAAUGAACAAUUCGGGUGUUCUACCCGUUGUCGAUUGGGUGAAAAACAUAACGUACAAGGAAAUAUAUGAAGAAUACAUUACACCCGGUAACAGCUUUGGAGAAAUAAGUAUGGUGACCGGCAACCCUUACGCAUGUAGCAUUGUGGCCGAAACGCCAGUACAAACUUAUGUACUUAGCAGAGAUAGCCUUAAAUCCGCUUUUGAUCAAUUCUCAGACCCUAUCAACGGUUUAGAAGCAAGAAUGUGGAAAGCCAUAGCAUUUCGAAUUGCUCCAAUGGUCCUAAUGAACGAAUUCUUUUAUCAGUCAUAUACACAACAUCAAAUUCAGUUUCUUCUUGUGGACGCGAUUGUACCAAACAUAAAAAACUACAGAAUAAUGAAUGUGUCGCCAAUGGUAGAAGACAUUGUAGUAAUACAUGGAGUGGCACAAGACUAUUAUACGGGGGAACACUUCGUUGCACCCUGCUACGUACCCAGAAUUGUAGCUAUUGCAAAGGGUGGCGCGUUGUUAACUGGCAUCAUCGCAGGAAUAUUGACCAAGUUUUACGAACCCUUCCAGGAAUACACGAAAGUAUUCCUUGAAAUAAACCCAAGAUACUAUCUCAACGUAUUGUAUUCCUUCCAUCUUUUCCAAGAGAUGAUCUGUUUCGACUCUCACGUGUUCGUAAGAGCGUGGAUACAGAUAGCGUUGCUGUCGAUCACAAUAUUUUUGAUAACGUCUAUAAUAACCGGCUUUUUUGUGACUUACACUUUACUGAAGGUAACUGUAAACGUCCCUCUGGCUAUAAUCUUUGGAGCCAUCGUCUCGCACACAAGUGCGUUCGAGAUUACCGUUCAUUUAGAAGGAAUACCGCGGAUGCGCCAUUUGCAAGCCCUCCUGAAGGGCGAGAGUGUUUUUACUGAACCGAUUAUGAUGAUAAUAUUCACCACAGCAAUGUUAGCUCAUGAAACGAACCAACAAAAUCACCUAGACUACUUCUUAAAGUUUCUGCAGCUGCUGGGCGGCGGUAUUGGUAUAGGAUUGUGCCUUGGCUGGUUUCUCGCUCUCUUGAUGAAGAAAUACGCCGUGGACAGUUCCAGACUGAUUUUGUACACACUUUUGUGGUCUUUCAUGGGCUACCAGAUUUCCUCCGAACUUGGAGUUAGUUCAACCACUGCUGUUAUUGUGAUCGGAUGGUUUGCAAUGUUAGAAAAGGAACUGCUUGGCUCGUAUAACGCCAGCCAGUUGGUACACUUUUGGGAGAUCAGCCUCAAGGUCGUCUUCUACAUGAUUCUCUGUGUUGCUGGCAUUAAUCUGGUUGAAAAGAUCAUAGCCCACUUUGAUUCUAGCGACACUUUGGUCUUUCUGGUUACAUUUCUUACAGAGGCAUUUGUGAUCGCUUUGUGUGUCACCCGUGGUGGUUCGUCUGUGUUCCUAGCUUGGGAAAUGGCUCGUUACGGCGACGAAACGGUCUCCUAUUUGGGAACACACUUGUUUAUCAACGUAUGCUGCCUACUGGAGUUAACAAGUUUCAUGAGCGUUUGUCUUCACCCUUGGCUCUUUAACAUUCUCGGAAUUCAAGGUAUCACUGCCGCAAGAAGAAACAACAUGAACACAUGCAUGAAAUACAUCAACGGCAAAAUAGAACAAUUCGUGUCCGUACUCAAAAUGGACAAGUUUCUCGGGGACGCAAAAUGGCCCCUGGUAUAUGAAGUGUGCAAGCUGCGCCACCCUUAUCAGCUCAGCACAAAAUCGAAGUUAGCUGAUAAGCAGGACGAAAUACGUGACAAGGAAACGAGGAUCAUUAUUUGUCCUGAGUGCCUCAACGAAAUACACCAACAACCAUCAGCUGCUGAAAUGGCGGAGAUGACAUGGACACGUAUUUUCAAAAGAAAUNACGGAGCAGGACAUUCGGAAGAUGGGAUACCUCCCAUCCUUCUCAAGGAAUGUGCCGCCGCCAUGGCCCCGGCUCUUCAGGUCCUCUUUCGCCACUCGCUGGACACCGCCACCAUUCCAGAAGCCUGGCGACACGCCAUAGUCACGCCCAUCCACAAGAAAGGUAGCAGGCAUCUUACCUCCAACUACCGGCCGAUCAGCCUUACCAGCACUAUCUGCAAAGUCAUGGAGCGACUAAUUGCAGAUGAGAUACUGAAAUUUGCCCUUCGAACUGGCGUGAUCCCUCCCCAACAACAUGGGUUUAUCCCGGGGAGGUCGAUCAAUACUAAUCUCCUGCAGUGCAUGGACGACUGGACGAAGGCCUUGGAUGUCGGCGAACCGAUGGACGUGAUCUAUCUGGAUUUCUCGAAAGCCUUCGACAAAGUUCCUCCAAGAAGGCUGCUCCACAAGCUUGAGCACCUUGGGAUCCAAGGUAAGCUGCUAGCCUGGAUUGGAGCCUACAUGUCGAACCGGACUUUCCAGACGAGGAUUGGAAACGCACUCUCUUCUCCGAGUUCAGCACCCAGUGGAGUUCCCCAAGGCUCUGUUCUAGGGCCUCUGCUCUUUAUUUUGUACUCGUCCGACCUGCAUGUGCAAACACGAUCACGGCACCAGACCUAUGCGGACGACAACAAAAUAUAUGCGAACCCCGAGACGCAGGGCGCCCAGCUUCAGGAGGACCUUGACAACGUGGCACUAUGGUCGACCACAUGGAUGAUUCCUCUAAACCCCGACAAAUGUACCGUUUUACAUCUUGGCAAGAAGAAGAUCCCACAGCGAAUCUAUACCUUGCACGGUCAUCCACUUGCUACUACCACCUUGCAAGUGGACCUGGGGAUCAUCAUCAAGGAAGACCUGAAGUGGGACCUCCAAACAUCAGCGGUGAUCAAAAAGGCAAACUCCCUCCUCUAUCGGAUACGUCGAGCCUUCCUGGAUAUCGACGUCGAUCUCCUGAGGAUGAUCCUGACCACCUACGUUCUUCCGUUACUGGAGUACGGCACACCAGUUUGGUCUCCAUACCUGGUUGGUGACAUCGACGAUCUCGAGCGAGUACUCAAACGAGCGUCGAAGAUACCGUACGAGCUCAGGAACCUCCCAUAUGAGGAGAGACUUCGGAGACUAAACCUCCAAAGCCUUGAUGAAAGACGAGAGUGUGCAGACCUAGUGGAGACAUUCAAAAUCUUGGGGGGCUGGUACAACAGCCCGACGGUGGAAUCUAUUUUCAACCGCGCUCGGACUACAAACCUUCGAGGACACUCCAUGAAGCUGAACUUGAGUCGAAUCCGUAGGCCGCUUAGGAAACACUUCCUAGCGAACAGGGUUGUUCUGAAAUGGAACAAAAUCCCUGCAAACAUCAUCAACUCGGACACGAUUCCCAGCUUCAAAACAGCCCUGCAACGACACCUGUCGCUGUGGAACAUUGCCGACUUUAUAAUCCUUCUCGUGAUAUUUUUUCAUACUUGCUAUGGAAUCUGUUUGAUGUUUCCCUCAUGUUUCCGUGUGAUGUCCAACGAUAAACUGAAGAUAGCCUUCUUUGUGCUACGCUUAGUGCGACUAGUUAGACUGGUCAAAAUAGUAGGGGUAGCAAUCCAAAAAUUCAGAAGUUAUAAAGUUAAUAGGACGCACAAUCGCAUCAUGUUGGCAUACGAAAUUGGAAAGGGUUACGUUGCAGGGGAUGAAGGACUUGAAGAAAUGAUAUAUCAGACUGUUGACAACAAAAGCAUACGUGACGAUUGCUUAGAAAGAAUUAAAUCUGACAGGCUAGCAGUGACUAGACAGCUUGGCCUUGUCCAAAAAGACCUACCUUGGAUAGCAAACACUGUAAAAACUAAACAGGCCUGUAUGGUGGUGCUAAGUUCCGUUAAAGAGGUCGUAAUAGAGUUAAAAACUUCCGGUUGGAUAGACGAAUUUGAAUACAGGAACCUAACAAAUAGUGUGAUGCAAGAAAUCAGCUAUGUAGAACAAAUAAAGUCCGUUGUCCAAAACACCCCAAGAGAACUCUUUAGAGAAAUGUCAUGGAUUGGCGGAGACAAAAAUUUGGCAGACUACCUAUUCCAUAACGUUAUCACGAAAAUAUUUGACUUGGGUGACAUGAUAUGCGUAGAAGGAGAGCUUUCUAAAGGAGUCUACAUUGUUAUAUCUGGAUUACUAAAACUGUCAUACACUCCAAAUCAAAAGACGAUAGAUGAAAUGACACACUAUGGUAGAUUACCUAUCGUUGAUUUUAUAAACAAUAUGAACUACAAAGAAAUGUUUGAAGAGUAUAUCACCUCCGGAAAUAGUUUUGGAGAACUGUCAGUGCUCACGGGACGACCAUGCGACUGUUCAAUAUAUGCCGAAACCACCGUACAAACUUACAUAAUUUCUAAAGAAGUCCUCCGUUCAGCAUUCAGUUUAUUCUACAAUCCUGCAAACGGAUUAGAAUCGCGAAUGUGGAAAACCGUUGCAAUAAGAAUUGGACCAAUGAUUUUAAUGAACGUGCCAACUUUUCAAUCGUUAUCAAAAAGUGCAAUUCUCUACCUUCUUGCGGAAUCAUUUAUACCUGAUAUCAACCAUUACAAGAUAUUGAUUAUGCCAGCCAUGGUCGAGGACGUGUUAUUGAUCGAUGGAAUUGCCCAAGACUAUCACACCAAUUACCAUUUUAAGGCACCCUGUUACAUACCAAGGAAUAUUCAGAAACUGGUUCUACCUAGAAGCAGCCAUUUUAAUUUUAAAACAGUUACUGCACCUAAGUUGCUACUGAUUCCAGGAGGAGAAGUAAACCUUGCCGACAUCAUGGUUGAAAUUGACUCCCAUUCGGAAAUGACAUCUUCAGCAGCUAAUAUGAACAUUCACUAUGGAGAUAACAACAUGAAAUGGUCCAAUUUCAAGAGACAAAGGGAUUUUGGAGCCACCGCAAGAAAGAAGAAGGUUACAGAACAUGAUAAAGGAUCACAUAAGCAAAUAACCGGAGGAGACGAUCCUUUGAAGCAGUCUGUAAGCUUUUCAAUUAUAACAACUGAUUAUGUUCCCAGUGAUGAAGAUGUUCCUGAAGAAUUUGCUGUUGAUCAAGAUUAA